ACCAACUCACGAGAGCUUUUAUAACCAUACAUUGUGUGUGGAGACUGCAGAGAGAAGUGGCAUAGCCUCUAAUUUACUUCUGCCAUAGCCAGGCCAGUUAAAGAACUCAAAUAUAAUGGAAGCUAAAAUGAGCGCCACCAGUAGCAGAAGGUGUGCUGUUGUGAGCGGAGCAAACAGAGGGAUAGGACAUGAAAUAUGCAGACAGCUUGCGAGUGAAGGGGUGAUAGUAGUGGCCACUGCAAGGGAUGAGAAGAGAGGAUUGGAAGCUGUGGAGAAGCUCAAACACUCAUUUGAUGGAAAUGAACAUAUUAUUGUGUUUCACCAACUUGAUGUUGAAGAUGGACUUAGCAUUUCUCGUCUUGUGGAUUUGGUCACACCCAAGUUUGGGAAACUAGAUAUCUUGGUAAACAAUGCAGGUGUACUUGGGUUUGUUAUUGAAGGAGAUGGUGCAAUUCUUACCGAGAUGAUAGAGGCAGAUUGCUCACGAAUCAUUUCUGCAAAUGAAGAGUUGGAAACAGAGUUGAAAAGUGAUGGCGCACUCAUUGAAACUGGUGAGUUGGUUGAACAGUGCAUUAAUACAAACUACGCAGGCACCAAAAGAAUGGUUGAAGCAUUUCUACCUCUUCUCCAACUCUCCCAUUCCCCUACAAUUGUCAAUGUUUCAUCCACUUUGAGCAACCUAAAGCUACUAUCAAAUGAAAUGGCUAGAAAGAUAUUGAGCAAUGGCGAAAGCCUAACAGAGGAAAGAGUGGAUGAAGUGGUGAACGAAUUUCUCAAGAAUUACAAGGAAGGUCCAACCAUAGCACAAGCCAAAGGUUGGCCAAGAUAUGGCUCGGCCUACAAAGUCUCCAAAGCAGUAGUGAAUGCUUAUACAAGGAUUUUAGCCCAAAAAUAUCCCAAUUUUCGCGUCAAUUGUGUGUGCCCAGGCUAUGUGAAGACUGAUAUGACUAUUAAUAAUGGGAUGUUAACCCCUAUGGAGGGCGCUGAAAGCAUCGUCAAGCUAGCUCUGCUGCCCGAUGAUGGACCGUCUGGCUUCUUCUUCUGCAAGAAAAAUGUUAUGGCUUUCUAGAGCUAAUAAUGGGUGUAUUAGUAGGGGUGUGCAAACUAUGGAAAAAUUUGGUUAACCGAUCGAAUCGAAAAAAUUCGGUUAACCGUAACUGAAUUGAACUUUUCUGGUUCAAUUAAUGGUUAAAGAAAUUUUAAAAUUUCGGUUAACGGUUAAUUCGGUUCGAAACGGUCCGUUAACCGAAUUUUUUUAAUAUAUAUAAAAAUAAA